AGAUAAGGGGCCGGGGGCACAGGGAAGAGGCCGGGAGAGCGGCGGCGCGAGCAGAGCUGGGCGGUGCGUGCAGCUCCGGCGGAGGAGGAGCCCGGAGGCCCGAGGCAGGUCCAGUCAUGGAGCUGCGCUCGGAGCUACCCAGCGUGCCGGGCGCGGCGACAGCAGCGGCCACAGCGACGGGACCUCCCGUGGCAUCAGUGGCGUCAGUGGCCGCGGCGGCGGCUGCCGCAGCAUCGCUACCAGUGAGCGUGGCCGGGGGCUUGCUGCGGGCGCCUCCCCUGCUGUUGAGGGCCGCGGAGAAGUACCCGCGGACCCCCAAAUGCGCGCGCUGCCGCAACCACGGCGUGGUGUCGGCGCUCAAGGGCCACAAGCGCUACUGCCGCUGGAAGGACUGCCUGUGCGCCAAGUGCACGCUCAUCGCCGAGCGCCAGCGCGUCAUGGCUGCACAGGUGGCGCUGCGCCGGCAGCAGGCGCAGGAGGAGAACGAGGCGCGCGAGUUGCAGCUGCUGUACGGCACUGCCGAGGGCCUGGCGCUGGCCGCCGCCAACGGCAUCAUCCCACCGCGGCCCGCCUAUGAAGUCUUUGGCUCCGUGUGCGCCACCGACGGCGGGGGGCCCGGAGCUGGAGCGCCCGCGGGGAGUGCAGGGGGCGCAGGGGGCGCAGAGGCCAAGUUGCAGAAGUUUGAUCUGUUUCCCAAGACGCUGCUUCAGGCCGGCCGCCCCGACAGUCCGCAGCCACAGCCAGUGAAGCCCUUGUCGCCCGACGGCGCAGACUCGGGUCCCGGGACCUCGUCCCCAGAGGUGCGGCCGGGUUCAGGCUCGGAGAACGGAGAUGGCGAAUCCUUUUCAGGGUCGCCUCUGGCCCGAGCCUCCAAGGAGGCAGGUGGCAGCUGUCCCGGUAGCGCGGGCCCAGGCGGUGGCGGCGAGGAGGACAGCCCUGGCUCCUCGAGCCCCCUGGGUUCCGAAUCGGGUUCGGAGGCUGACAAAGAAGAGGCGGAGGCCCCACCGACUCCGGGGCUGAGCGGCGGCCCCGGGCCGCGGCAGCGGACGCCGCUGGACAUCUUGACGCGCGUCUUCCCGGGCCACCGGAGAGGCGUCCUGGAGCUGGUGCUGCAGGGCUGCGGCGGCGACGUGGUGCAGGCCAUCGAGCAGGUGCUGAACCACCACCGCGGAGGCCUGGCGGCCGGCCUGGGCCCCGGCGCGCCGCUGGAUAAGGCCACGGUGAGCGCGGCCGUAGCGGUGGACGACGCGUGGCCCGGGCGCGGGGACGCCGCGGCCGCCGGGGGUCCCGGGCUGCCCGCUCCGCUGCAGACCGGGCCCGCCGCGCCGCCGCACCACAGACCCUUGCUGGCCGGGGCCAUGACGCCGGGCGCGCUGGGCUCGCUCGGCAGCCGCUCCGCCUUCUCGCCGCUGCAGCCCAACGCCAGCCACUUCGGCGCCGACGCGGGCGCCUACCCGCUGGGCGCGCCGCUCGGCCUGAGCCCGCUGCGCCUGGCCUACUCGGCGGCGGCGGCCCACAGCCGCGGCCUGGCCUUCAUGGCGCCCUACUCCACCGCCGGCCUGGUGCCCACGCUCGGCUUCCGGCCGCCCAUGGACUACGCCUUCAGCGACCUCAUGCGCGACCGCUCGGCCGCCGCCGCCGCCGCCGCGGUGCACAAGGAGCCGGGCUACGGAAGCGGGCUGUACGGGCCCAUGGUCAAUGGCACCCCCGAGAAGCAGUAGGACACGGGGCCCCCGCAGCCCGGCGGCCCCAAACACUGACCCAGCCCGCUCCCCAGCCACCGGCCCCUCCUCGCCCUGCCCCGCGCCCUCCGCUCAGCGUUGGCUUUGGGGAUUUGUUUUGAGGGGUGCGUGGGAGCACCUCGGCUAACCGCGCAGGUGUUCGCAGAGGGGCCUUGGGGUCCGGGUGCUCGUCCAGCCUCGGGCCACCUUCCCCCAGGCCGGGGAUGCCUCAGAAUCCCGAGGACGGCUGCGGCCGCGCCUGCCCCUGCUGCUCCCUCUGCUUCCGCUCGCCUUGCCAGCCCGCGCUCAGGUGGAUGGCAGGACAAAUCAGCCUCUUGUGUGUGUCCUCCAGUUCCCACUCCCCUUUCAUUAAAAAAAAAAAUCCUCUCUAACAAAUAUAAAUUUAGGAUGUAUACAUCUCUUGCCACUGAGUCGAGUCUUUGGGACACACAUAUAUAUCGAUAUCAAUUGUAAAAAAAAAAAAAAAAAAAGGAAACGUUCUAAGGUGCACUUUCCUCGUUGCGGUAUUUGUCGCUCUCUUUGUUGCUUAUGCCGAUAAGCAUGGGUUUCCUUGGUGCAGUGUGAGUUUUUAUAUAUGUAUAAAUCUAUAUAUAAGCUAUACAUAUAUAUAUACAAGCCAGUGUAUAAUGUUAUAAAAUGGAAUUCUAAGUUAUUAAUUGUAAUCUGUAGGUGACCUCGGUAUUAACGUGAAAAACAUUCAAAAUCAAAGCAAAAAAAAAAAAAGGACAAACUGGGAAAAUUAGACUAUUCGCGCAUUGUACUUAUGGGGUUUUAUAGCUGAGACCUACUGUAAGCUGGGGAGGAACCCUGCCCGCCCCUUGGCCCUGGCCUGCGGCUGUUCUCUGGAGCGGGCCAGGCCGCGCUGGAGCACGACUAGAGCGUCGGGUGACAGAGCCGGGACUCGGCAGCCAGCGACGCUGCGGAGAACUGCUCACUUUGUGCUUUCCUUUGCAUAGGUAUGAGCUAGAAAUAAAUGUUAUUUUCUAAAUAAAGCAACGCUCGAA